AUGUUUAGUAGAACUGUCCUUUUAAACUUUUUAGAGCCCUCCUUAAAUACCUUUUAUAUAAUUGACUUUUUCGCUCUCACGGUAGUGUUUUUGAACUCGUUACUAAAUCCUGUGAUUUACUGUAUCAGAAUCAGGCAAUUUCGUGUCGCAAUGAUUGAGUUAACAUUUAGAAAUGUAACGUCAGCGAAGGCUGAAGAAAUGGAGAUGCAGUGGUUUGGAGCAAAAAAUGUUGUGGUUGGACGCGAGACUGGGCAAGAUCAAGGAAGGCCAGAACAACAAAAUACGGAAAGAUUAAAUGCCAGCUAAAAUCAAUAUUUUAUCUGUAGGCAAUCUUCACGGGGAUAAUAAUAAUAAUAAUAAUAAUAAUAAUAAUAAUGAUAAUAAUAAUAAUAAUAAUAAUAAUAAGGAGAAGAAUCUUUAUUAUGCUUUUGUGGAUGUACAUGGUUGAUAUUACAAUCAAGUAAAUUUACUUACAAUAGAAGAUAAGUUAAAUGUAAUGAGAAUAAUGGGCAAGCUAGGAAGCUAAAUGAACCAGCUGGUUUUCUUGUUAGCUCCCUGAACAAUUUAUUCUAGGUAGCAGGUAAAAUCAAAAGAAAUAAAACAAAAACAAAGAAGAAAGAACUUAUUUACAUUAAGUAUGUUGCUUCAUUAGCAAGACGAAAAUUCAUUUCAUUUGUUGUUCUGGCAGUAGAUAGCGUAUAAUUUUCUUCGGACACGCAGACACACUUGAGUUUUGUAAAUGAGUUGGAAGAUCAUUCCAAAUGUCCGUAGCCAUGAAAGAGAUUGAUUGCUUGCCUACGUUUGUUCGUACGCUCGGCUUAUAAAGAUUUUCCUCAGCUCUUUAUCCCGUGUUGUUGCAAUGGAUAUUACUAGCAUAUUGAAACAUGUUGUCGAAUAACUCAGGCAGACAGCCUUUAUGCCUCCAGUGCAUUUGUUGGUGAAUUAUUCUUCAGGAAAACGUAACCGGCCAUGCUAAUAUUAUUAACGUUUUUUUCUUUGUAGUUUUGUUUCGGAUAUGGCUAUAAUUUCCAGACUCCCUUUUAUAGUCCAAAUAAUUUCUUCCAACGAUGUUAGAUUUCUACGUAGACUACGCAUAUUGAAAUGCAUGAAAGAAAAUUCAUUUUGUUUUUUCGCUUAAUGAAAGAAAUUUCCAGACUGUUAAACGGUAAAAUAGCCAGAUUGGAUGUAAUUUUUGUAUGGAGACUCUUGUAGUUCACUUUCUCUUUUAGGGCUAGUAAUAAAAUCUGCGAAUAGAUCUUUAGACUUGUUUUAACAAAUUGACGCCAGUUUUUUAUCGUCUGUCCACUCAUUGACAGACUUGUCGCUUUUUUUCCUUCGUACCUUCCCAUGAGACCCCGCGCGCCUCAACCUAACCCCCAAUCUUCUCUCAUCCCAAAAACACAUAAAUAGCGACUGGGUACGAGUUUGACUUAUUGGUAUUAUAAAAUGACGUCAUAACAUUAUCAAAGUGUUGUAGAUCUUAAAUCAAGUUACCCAAUAAUCAAUUUGAAAUUCCGUUUCGACAGUUGCAAUAAAAUUACGACAGAGGUCCUGUAGAUUCAAUCUUCAGUAUCUUUCAGUUUUUGUACGCUGAAACAGUUACUACCGAUUAAAAUUAUUCCCUAUUCCUGUUAAAUUUACCAGAACUUUAAAAGAUUUUAAAUAGUUUUUUUUCCUUUCGUUGCUAGCUAUUCUGGCGGGCCAAGGCCUUAGUGUGGAGUGUGUUGCAGCAGUGUUUUUUGUUUUUCUUUUCGCUCCGUCGUACUGUACCUCGUGUGGCCAAAGCGACCAACUAGAAGUCAAGCUUAGAGGCAAUCGCUUUCCCUAACACAAAACGGAGUACACUUAGACAGCAAGAAAGGGCAAGCGUAACUGACGAAGGUCGGAAAGAAAAGUUAAAUUUUACUGUGAAUCUGCGAAUUGGAAAAGAGAAGGUUUUUUUUUAAUUUCAUUUGUUAUUCCAAAGUACAACAAUUGCAAUUAUUAUCACAAAGCAUACAUGCACAAACGGAGUACACACCUAUAAAGUACACAUGCAAUUCCACAAUCACCACACAAGGUAUGCCUACUGCUAUGUUACAAGUGCUAUUCAAAAAAGAAGAAACUAAUCAUUAUACCAAAAGAAGAAAGUUAACUAGUCUACAAAGUCCAUUUGUCCAUUAAUUUUUGCAACCUCUUAUUCUUAGUGCAAAUAUAUUUUUCUGUUUCAUAUUUACCGUUUACUCUAACUAUAAAACUGUUUAUGGUUGAGAGUACUUCAUUCCCUCUGCAACUCCAUAAAUGUAUCUUUCCUAUAAGUAUAAGAUAAUUAAGCAAGGGGCAUUCGGAAGUUAAAAAGCCGAUUCAAAUUUCCUUUAAUGUUAGAUGAACUAGUUGUUUUCGCAACCUAAAAUAAUAUGAUUCAACACAUUUCCAGAAUGAAUUCGAAUAAGGGCAGUCCCAAAAGAAUUGUGUGAUAGCAUCUUGCUUGACCUAUAGCUAGAUGAAAACAACAAAGCCAUGAACUGAACUUAAUGACUACGACAUGGCGAAUGUCUCUCUAUUUUCACCUGCAUAUGGUACUCCCACGCUUGAGUUUUUUAGGGAAAAAGAAACAGUUAAUUUUCUUUUAACCAAAAGUUUUAAAUUUUUGAACUAGAAGCCCUGCUAAUGACCUUCGGGGAGAGAGGUUUGCUUCAUUCCGUCCGAUUUCCUGUGAGAGUUCCGAAAUUGUUAUUUGAAGAUUUAGAAUUUAGUUUAAUAUCAACGGUUAAUUUUCACUUCCUAAUCCAGAAGGAUUAUAAAAAAAAAGUUUCUUAAAAAGCCGGUCAAAUUAUUAAAAGAUUAAUUUUUUGUCGGCUCUCUCUAGUUUUAAAUAACAGCAGUUUUUUACAUGCAAAAUCCGAGCGCUUUUUUAAAGCUGGCGACAAAGGUUUUCUACUGGCAACGAAAUGAUUUUUGAGACCUGGAAAUGAACAUUUCCACUAGCGAGCUCAUUAUGAUAGGGACAUUUUUGUGAAUUACAGGUUGAAUUAAGCUGAAGUUUUUGAGAUUUCGCCUAGUUUAAAGCUCAACUUUGUUUUUGCUUUUGGCAGUUAGUUUAACGAUGUAGAAAAUGUACAGUAUUCUUAAUUAUAUUUUGUAACAAGGAAAGAAACGUUAAAAUUCCUUUCUCUUUAAUUCAAGAGCAUAACAUUACAAAGAGCAUUACAAAACCGGACCAGGUAUAUGUUCGUUACUUCAACUGAACUAACCGAAAGUGGGUAUGGUUUGAACAACUCACAGAUGCCAUAUGAAAAAUAGAGCGGCUUUUUACGAUGAAAUCACUAUAAUUAUUAUUAUUUCUACUGUGGAUUAUGUUUGUUUUUAACAGCUAAAUGAGAAAAUAUUUAUUAAAUUUAUUAAAUUGAAAAUAAAAUUUAUUGAAUAUCUUAAGUGGUACAUUAGGCUAAAAUUUUUAUAGGCAGUAUUUUAGUAUCAAAAAUUAAUUUUCUGUUUUCGUUUUAUUUACACUAUUUGUGCAAACCUAGUUUCGACUAAAAACAACGUGCUUUGAAAUAUUAGGGAUGUCUUGAUUGUUUUUCUGUCUAGAGCUAUACACAGUUUUCUACCCUAAACCGUCUGCCGAAUCGUUGACUUUCUUGUAAUUGUACACGCGUAUUAAAAAGCAAGUAUUAAGUUUUAAAACUCUGCGUUCGUUGUUGUUUUCUAGAUAUUUGGACUUCCGUUUUGCCUUUUAAACAAAGCAAUGUUUUUCUGUUUCUUGCAUUGAAAUUGGUUUUGAAAAUUAUCCCCUGAAACUAAAUCGUUUUCGUUUCUGGAGUGAAGCAACUAAAAUUGAGAAAGCAAUUGAAACAAGUCGCACGUGUAAUUUAAAUAUUAAAGCUUUUUACGAAGAACUAUGCAAGGAUUAUGGCUUUUCUUUUUUACAAAAGCCAAAAACCAAACUUUCACGAGGAAUUAACUGUAUUAAACCUCUGAGUUUGUGGUUGUUUUAAAUAUAUUUGGAUUUCCGUUUUGCCUUUUAAACUACACAAUCUUUUUUCUGUUUCCUGCGUUGAGAUUUCACUGGUUUAUGAAGUCAACUUUAUUUUCUCGUUGGUUUAGAAACCAAGUUAUCUCCUGAAACUGGAUCAUUCAGUUUUGUUUUUGCGAGUGAAGUAACUGAAAUUAAGAAUUAAAGCAAUUUAAACAAGUCCGAUCACAGAUGUACUUUAAAUAGAGUUUAUUUAAGAGGAACUGCGCAAGGAUUAUGCCUUUUCUUUUCUACAAAAUCCAAAAACCAAACUUUUUAAGAAAGAACGAAAGACCGAUCCACUAAGAACACUAAGCUAAAAAUCGGCAGUGCAAACAGAAAGAAAACCGACAAUAAAAAUGGCAUAAAGCCAAAACGAAAAUCCAAGUCGGCCCCGGGCUUACUAAACAAAGACAAGGUUUUGACCAAUAAGAACGCAUUUGGUUUGUGAUGUUAUAUAUAGCAAGUGGUAAAUUCGCUCAUAACAAAAAGAAGAGAGUUUCAGUCUUAAAAGGUGCAAAAAGGAUUCGCUCCUUCGUUUUUCAAAUUCCGUGGCAAAGAAAAAUUUGAAGAAGUGAUGAACUCAAGUCAAGCAACAAACGAGUCCGUCCCUCCUCCAUGCACGGCCGCAGAAAGUUUAUUCGGAGAUCUUCAGCCGCCUUCCUUUUUCUUUCAAGGUUUUCUUAUCUUGUACAUAAUCAUCAACAUCAUCACUGUUCCCGUUAUUGCCGUCUUGAACGCACUGGUGAUGAUCGCCGUGAAGACGAAAUCCCGAUUAAGGGCGCAAAAGUCGAACAUUGUAUUUGCCAUGCUUGCUUUGACCGAUCUUUUGGUGGGAAUUCUUGCUCAGCCCAUCUUCAUCGAUAGAAUGAUAUCUAUCUUGCUUCAGGAAAGCAAUGGCCAGUCGUGCCUAACGGAAAUUUUGUCUUUUGCUAUUUCAAACUGCUUGUUCACUAGCUCGCUACUUCACCUGGCCUUAGCCAGCGGGGAGCGCUAUGUAGCCAUUAAAUACCCAUACCAGCACAUUACCAUCGUCACAGAGUCUCGUUUACUGGUUGCUUCUCUACCAACUUGGCUCCUGGCUGUGGUGGUGCACGUUGCACUUGCUGUUGACACGUUUCUGUUUUAUAGAAUUAACAAUAUAGUUAUCGGACUAUCCUUUGCUGUAAUUAUUUUCUGUCAUUUUUCAGUUUACAUCGAAACUCGCCGGCACGCAAAGCAAGUUGCAGCACAGCAAGUUACACAGGAAGCAAGGAAACAAUUUGAAAAAGACAAAAAGGCCUUCAAAUUAACAUCUACUAUAAUUGGCGUCCUUUUACUUUGUUAUUCCCCGUUAAUGUUUUGUAGACUUUUCCUUGUAAUUAUUUAUACACCCACCUUAAAUACAUUUUAUAUAAUUGGCUUUUUCGCUGUCACAGUAGUGUAUUUGAACUCGUUACUAAAUCCUGUGAUUUACUGUAUCAGAAUCAGACAAUUUCGUGUCGCAUUCAUUGAGUUAACAUUUAGAAAUGUGAACGUAGCGAGGGCUGAAGAGAUGGAGAGGCAGUGGUUUGGAGCACAAAACGUUGUGGUUGGACGCGAAGCUGAGCAUUAUCAAGGAAGGCCAGAAUAA